AUGAAGACGGAAAGACAUGUCAGUUGCAAUGUAGAAUCACCUGAUGACCUUCUGGAGACUUGGCAACGAGUGUUUGCUGACAUCACAAAACUUAUCUAUCUAUCUAUCUAUCUAUCUAUCUAUCUAUCUAUCUCAGUCUGCAUAUCUAUCUAUCUAUCUAUCUAUCUAUCUAUCUAUCUCAGUCUGAAUAUUAUCUAUCUAUCUAUCUAUCUAUCUCAGUCUGCAUAUUAUCUAUCUAUCUAUCCAAGCAUCUGCUCAUAUCUAUCUAUCUAUCUAUCUAUCUAUCUAUCUAUCUAUCUAUCUAUCUAUCUAUUCCAGCAUCUGCUCAUAUCUAUCUAUCUAUCUAUCUAUCUAUCUAUCUAUCUAUCUAUCUCAGUUCGUUCAUAUCUCUAUCUUUUUAUUUUUCAGUUUGUUAAAAUUUAUCAUUCUGUCUCAUCAUAUCUCUCUUUCUAUGUAUUGCAAAUAGUUGAUAUCGCUCUAUCUCAGUCUGUUCAUAUCUUUGCAGCUUCUUUAUAUCUUCUGUUCACAUCUAUCUAUCUAUCUAUCAAUCUAUCUAUCUAUCUAUCUAUCUAUCGUGUAUUAUUUCAUUAUAUAUUAAAUUAA